CCUGCAUGAUAUCGACGUCCUUCCAGCAAAAUGGCUGCCAUGACCGUGGGUCAGGUCGCUCUCCUUGGAAGGUUGCAGUUGCCUCGAGCUGUAGGUGGAGUGUACGUUGUCCAGAACAGACAGGCUAGUGACUUGGCCAAUUACCGUCGAGGAAGAGGUGGAAGGUCCUCCUUUAGUGGACAAGUUGUCACAGUGUUUGGUGCAAAUGGCUUCAUAGGAUCAAAGCUUAUUAACAGAUUUGGUAAAAAAGGCAGUAAGAUCAUCGUACCAUACAGGGGAGAACCGUACAGAGUCCAGCACCUUAAACUGGCAUCAGAUCUGGGGCAGAUACAGUUCUUGCCAUAUCACUUGAAAGAUGAAGACUCAAUCCGAAAAGCCUUGCAGUACUCUGACACAGUCGUCAAUGUCUUAAAUAGAGACUACCCAACUAAGAACUUCAGUCUAGAUGAUUUACAUGUCACAGGAGCACGAACAAUUGCUCGACUAUGUAAAGAAGAAGGUGUGUCAAAUCUUGUACACUUUUCUCACCUAAUGGCAAGUCCUGAACCAGAACAGCUGAUUUCACCAGAAGGAACAGAAUAUUUCAAAGCAAAAUAUUUUGGGGAACUUGCUGUACGAGAAGAAUUUCCAGAGGCCAUUGUAUUUCGGCCAUCACUCAUGUAUGGUAGUGGUGACCGUUUCAUGAAUAAAUAUUUUCAUAUUGGUCAGGGCAAAAAAACAUUUUUUACCGUAAAAUUUUGGAAGGGAGGAAAAUCAACAACCAAGAUGCCACUCUUCGGUUCUGACAUGGUAGAUGGAGUUAUGGCUGCACUAGCAGAUCCAGACUGCAGAGGGCAGACAUAUGAAGCUGUUGGCCCUGAGAGCUACUUCAUGCACGAUCUUAUCAUGUUCUUCUACUUGUGUAUGAGGAGGCCAAUAGCAGGAGUGGAGGACUACGAUCGCACAUCCCUAUUGAAGAUGAAAUAUGUGGACCCUUAUAAUCCUUUGAGCAAGUACAAAUUACAGAAUUUGCACGUACUUGGACAGGAGUGUGUUACAGAGAAGACAACAGGUCUACCAACACUGGAGGACCUUGGAGUUAAGCGAACUUGUAUCCUGGACCGUGCACGUUAUGAGUUCAAGAAGGUACGUGCUGAUGUUUAUUAUGAUGAGGAAUUGGGCCAAUUUGCUGAUAGUGGCGACCCUCCAACUGCUGCCCAGGUGAGAGAAAAGCUCAUGCUGCAACAGGAAGCAGCAAAGUCUCAACGAAUCUAGAAAAGUGGUUUUAACACCAGAUAUGCGAUAUGUCAGGAACAAGGACAAAAAAAAAGAAAAAAAAAACCUUGUGAUAAAAAUAGAGCAACAGGAUUCCUGUGGAAAUGAUUUCAUCAUUUCAAAAUCAGAGUGUAUUUGUGGAGCAUCAUGUUUGAGUGAAACUGUUGUAAAGUUGUAAUAAAUAUUUAUAAAAGGAA